AUGGUGGCUGAUCGGAUCUUGACUCUCGAUGACGGGACUGAUCUGAAGUGGGAUUGGAGGUCGCCGAUGACUAACGUGGAAGCUAUAAACAGCCUUCAGCAACUGACAUUGCUUCUGGACAAUGUUCAGACCUCGGAACGGGCUGGCAUAUGGGAAUGGGUGUCCGGUUCAACUGGGGAAUUUACGGUGAAGGCGGUUAAACGCCUUUUAUAUUCCGACUAUGAGGCGGUCAACAGUUUUAUUAUGGAUUGGUGUCAUUGGAUUCCAGCCAAAUGUAACAUACACGCAUGGAGAAUGGAGAUAGAUAAGAUCCCGACCGAAGAAGCGCUAAGGAAAAGGAACAUUCAACUUGAAGAUUCGUUGUGCCCUUUGUGUAGGUCGGACGAUGAAACCACGGAACACCUCUUCAUUUCGUGUUUCAUAUCAUCGACUGUUUGGAACGGUGUUAGUUUGUGGUGCAAAAUUCCAAAUAUUUUCGCGUUUUCGAUUAAAGACCUCCUUGAAUGUCAUACAGUUUAG